UUUCUGCAAUGAACCUCCAGCAUCAGUGUCGUGAACGCCAGAGGUUCCUGGUUUCGCAUCCGAAUGGGCUCGCCAACGCCGCGCCGAGGGUAGAGGCAGGUCAAGCGUGACAGGUGAAGGAGCUCUCGUCCGCCAUGGGGAACAGAUCGUCGAAGAGUGUGAGCGUCGAGGAGCCCCCCAAGACAACUUUGUUUGAGAGGGAAUCCGAUGGGAUCACGUACAGGAUCCCUGCUCUGCUCUACCUGAGGCACUGCCACACGUUCCUCGCCUUUGCGGAGAAAAGGACCUCCUUUUAUGACCACGACGCCGAACUUCUGGUCAUGAGAAGAGGGCUGCUCCAAGAUGACGGGUCUGUCCAGUGGUCCUCGUGCCAGGAGCUCUCGACCGCAUGUCUGCCAAGCCACCGCACGAUGAACCCUUGCCCCGUGUAUGAGAAAAACAGCAAGACCCUCUUCCUGUUCUUCGUCUGCAUAUGGGGGAACACCACCGAGAGGAAGCAGAUCGUCACAGGUAAGAACAAGGCCCGCCUCUGCUGCGUGAGCAGCGGCGACGACGGCCAGACCUGGAGCCAGGCGGCCGACCUGACGGAGAGCGUGAUCGGCGAGGCCGUGCACAAGUGGGCCACCUUCGCCGUGGGGCCCGGCCACGGCGUCCAGCUGGAGAACGGCAGGCUGAUCGUCCCCGCGUACGCCUACUACGUGCCGUACCGGUGCUGCUCCUACCCCGUCCCCUUCACCGUGUACCCGCGCGCGCUGUCGAUAUACAGCGAGGACUUUGGGCAGACGUGGCGGAUCGGCAAGAUGCUCCAGAAGAAGUCGUGCGAGUGCGAAAUGGCGGAGAUCAUCGACCACGAGGGGAGGAGCCACCUCUACUGCAACGCCCGGCACGCGGGGGGCCACCGGUGCGAGGCCCUGAGCGAGAACAGCGGCGUGUACUUCGACAAGCCCCACAUGGCCAGGGAGCUCGUGGAGCAGCCGUCGGGGUGCCAGGGCAGCGUCGUCGGCUUCCCCGCGCCCGAGUUCGUGCCCAACGACGACACGGAGAGCAAAGCGUGCGGCACGUCCCUCCUCUCCCCGGACACUCAGACCUGGCUGCUGUUCAUGCACCCGACCAGCAAGUCCAACCGGCGGGACAUGGGCGUGUACUUGAACCGGUCCCCGCUGCACUCGUCCGGCUGGGACCGGCCCCGGAUCAUCCACAGGGGGCCGAGCGGCUACUCGGACCUGGCCUACAACGUGGACAAGGAUCAGUUCUCCUGCCUGAUGGAGUGCGGCAAGGAGAGCGAACUGGAGCAGAUCGCGUUCAUGACCUUUUCCCUGAACGACGUCAUGCAGACGGGCGACAAAAAGGAUAAAAAGAUGGUCUGAAUCCUGGGGGGGGGGGGGCGCUGACAAUGCCCUCCCUGUAUUAUCCCGGCAAAGCAGAAGAAAUCCAAGCGAAAACUCCCUCAAUGUGCUGUGCUGUAACAUUUAUCUGUGUUUUACAUUCUGGAGAUGGCGAUGCAUGCGCGAACCCAUGUCUUUUCUUGUCUCCUCGAGUAAAGUAAGUCCUGUUAUAAUUAUGCAAGCGCAUAAAUUAGAAGAAAAAUAUCAUUUUUAGUGGGUUACGUGGUUGAUUUUUGAGCAUGCCGUGUUUUUUGAAGUGUCAUUUUUUUUUAGAGCAAAUAUUGUGUGUGGCAUGUUUGGUGACGCCUCAAAGCCGUUUCAGCAUCUUUUAAUUGAAGUGUCACUUUUUUUUUCUUCUCGCCAGAGUUAGCCUACCUCUUUAUUUUCUUAUGAAGGUCAUCGGAUGGGCCUUGCAAACUAGUGCGCAGAUUUCCCUGCAUACGGUCUUCUCCUUUACAUCUAGAGUACUCUAAUUCACAUAUGCCUUCUACUGUAUGGUUUUCUAUGGCAGCUGCGCGGCGGCAUUGUCAGCGCGCCGGCUGUGAAGGUCACACUGAGUGCCAUAAAGCUGUCAAUAAAACAGGGGAGGGGAGGUGAACAUGUGCUUCUAACAUGCAGCUCAUUAAUGAAGAGACCAAACA